AGUAUCAGAAUUAAAAUAAAAUUUUGAAGUAAUGUCAUGUAACUUUAAGUCAAAGUCACCACUAAAUUAAAGUACAAAAUUCUACAUAUCUGUUUUAAGCAAAAUUCGCAGGUUUUACACAACAUGUCCGUGGAAGAUGCCAUCUCAAGCAUUCCCGAUGAGGUCAUAGAUUACCUGGUGCAGCAGAGGCGGCGUGAGCGGGACUUGACCGUCGAGAAGCAGGUUCUCAAGGAGCGCAUCAGAAAGGUUCAGGACAUGCUAAAACUACUGGAAGGUCGCGACAGUGCACUUCCUUGUACCAUUUCGGGGGGCAAUGUCUACCAGCAGUGCACCGUGCAACAGGUGAAGGACAGUCUGGCUGCCAAUCUGUCCCACUCCAUGGCUCUCUUCGUCAAAGCCCAUCGGAAGCUUCUUAGAUUGCAGCAGGAUCUGAACCAGGAUUACGAGACGGUCUGCGACAACGUUAGCAGGAUUGCAGCUACCAAUUAACGCUGGCUUGACAAAUUUUGGGUCAAAAAUAAUAAAUGCAACGCUCAUAUUCUAUGCUAUAACAUACAUAA